AUGCUACGUCACGUCGCAACAGGAGUGGGUCGAGCUACGUUCUCAUUGCAACCGCUCACACUGACACCAAACUCACCCCACGCCUGACAGGAUACUGGAGCUGUGCGUGGGGAGCACUCGCGCAUACUAUCAACCCCACAUGGGUAGCCCUACACGCAUCACAUGGCAUCGAGACACCCGAAAGCAAGGCAUUUAUGCGCUUCACAGUCCUGUCGUCAGACCUGUUGCUAUGGUUACCGGUGUGCAUCCUCUUCGCAUACAUCCACCACCGGAGAUCCGACUGGGCUCACAAGACUACCCUGAUUGUGGGCAUGAUUAUGUGCCCUUCAUUGAUAAUGGUGGAUCAUGGCCACUUCCAGUACAACGGUGUCAGUCUCGCCCUGGCUCUAGCUGGAGCUCUGCUGUGCACUAUGUCACUCCCACAGCCAGAUGCAG